AAGUAAAAAAAUUAAAACCGAUGCGGACACUUCCUGCAACACUGCCACCUAACGGUUGUUGACGUGAAGAGCGCACUGCGCCUGCGCGGAUUACCGGACAAGAUGGCGACCAGCAAUGGUGGAGGAAUGGAAGUGGAUGGGGCAGCCAGCCCCAGUGUUAUGGCUGCAGGCGUCACCGGCAGCGUGUCUGUGGCCUUACACCCUCUGGUGAUCCUCAACAUAUCCGACCACUGGAUACGCAUCCGCUCUCAAGAGGGACGUCCAAUGCAGGUUAUUGGCGCCAUGAUCGGGAAGCAGGAGGGGAGAAACAUCGAGGUGAUGAACUCCUUUGAGUUGCUGUCCGUCACCAUAGAUGAUCGGGUACACAUUGACAAGGAGUACUACUACACCAAGGAGGAACAAUUCAAACAGGUCUUUAAAGAGAUGGAGUUUUUGGGCUGGUACACCACAGGCGGACCCCCCGACGCAUCAGACAUCCACAUUCACAAGCAGGUGUGUGAGAUCAUUGAGAGCCCUCUCUUCCUCAAGCUCAACCCAUUGACCAAACACACAGAUCUUCCUGUCAGUGUUUAUGAAUCUGUGAUUGACAUCAUCAACGGCGAGGCUACCAUGUUGUUUGCUGAGCUGACGUACACUCUGGCCACAGAGGAAGCGGAGAGAAUCGGUGUCGACCACGUAGCUCGAAUGACCGCCACCGGCACCGGAGAAAACUCAACAGUGGCUGAGCACCUCAUAGCCCAGCACAGUGCGAUCAAGAUGCUCCACAGCCGGGUGAGGAUCAUCCUAGAGUACGUCAAAGCCGUGGAAUCAGGAGAGGUGCCAUUUAAUCACGAGAUCCUCAGAGAAGCAAACGCCCUCUGCCACAGAUUGCCGGUCCUCAGCACCAUCAAAUUCAAAACAGACUUCUAUGAUGUAAGCAAGCUUUUUGUACCUUCACAUAUAAGAAGUGUAAACGCAUGGAGAUUUGUUUCAUCGGAAAGUCAAAAGAUGGCUGUCAUGAUGAGUCUAUGUUUUCCUCCAGGAACAAAUCCCAUAUAACGGCUAAUUCCAACA